UGCUCGGUGCUCUCAGCCACCAGCGUGCGUGCAGGAGCAGGGGACCCAAGCCUGCUGCUUCCUGAGAUCGAUGGGAGAAACGCAUCAGAGCGUGCAGGAGCUGGCGGCGUCGCUAGUAGGCGCGCUGCCGCCGGAGUUCGUGCGGUCGGAGCACGAGCAUCCGGCCGCCACCACGUUCCGCGGCGGCCCCGCACCUCACGCGCCGGUGAUCGACAUGUCGGAGCCCGGGUGCGGCGCGCGCAUCGCGGGCGCGGCGCGGGAGUGGGGCCUCUUCCAGGUGGUGAACCACGGCGUUCCCCCUCCGGUGGUCGCCGAGCUGCAGCGCGUCGGGCGGGCCUUCUUCGCGCUCCCGCGGGAGGAGAAGGAGCGCUACGCCAUGGACCCGGCCUCGGGGAAGAUCGAGGGCUACGGCACCAAGCUACAGAGGGACCUCGAGGGCAAGAAGACCUGGAACGACUUCUUCUUCCACGUCGUCGCGCCGCCGGAGAAGGUCGACCACGGCGCCUGGCCCCGGAGCCUUGCCGGGUACAGGGAGGCGAACGAGGCGUACUGCCUCCACAUGCAGCGGCUGGCGCGCGAGCUGUUCGGGCACCUCUCCCUGGGGCUGGGGCUCGAGGAGGGCGCCAUGGCCGAGGCGUUCGGCGGCGGCGGCACCGUGUUCCUCCAGAAGAUCAACUACUACCCGCCGUGCCCGCAGCCGGAGCUCACGCUCGGCGUCGCGCCGCACACCGACAUGUCCACGCUCACCGUGCUCGUGCCCAACGACGUGCAGGGGCUCCAGGUCUUCCGGAACGGCCACUGGUACGACGUCGAGUACGUGCCGGACGCGCUCAUCGUCCACAUCGGCGACCAGAUCGAGAUUUUCAGCAAUGGAGCGUACAAGGCGGUGCUGCACCGUACGACGGUGAACAAGGAGAAGACGCGGAUGUCGUGGCCGGUGUUCGUGGAGCCGCCGGGGGAGCUCGCCGUCGGGCCGCACCCGCGGCUGGUCACCGGCGAGAACCCGGCCAGGUACAAGGCGAAGAAGUUCAAGGAGUACCAGCACUGCAAGAUCAACAAGCUCCCCAUGUAACUGACGGGUUCACGACAUGCUCGUUGCCGCGGGUGUUGUGGCGUGCGCCGCGGUGCACGUUUCUCUGUCGUUCUACUAGCUGUCGUCAUUUCAAUCACAUGGCCACGCACAAUUAUCCUUUUGCUUUGGAUUGGGCCACCAAUUGUGGGCUGCCCUACUAUCUUGUAAUAAUGUGGCCCGGCCUUGUUAGCAGCUGAAGUAAACUGUGGUAUAUGGGCCGGCCUGGUUUGGCUUCAGUAAUUGUAAUGCAUGGGCCCCUUUACUACAUUUGUGUGUGGGAAUGCAGAUGGGGUUUUGGUCGUUUGGAAUUCGACCGGGCCGAUCUUGCAUACUA